CUCCGGGCCGACCCUCGCGUACGCAACCCCGCUGCACUUACCGCCUCCUUCUCCUGAAUGGGAAACCGCGGCGGUCUCGCGCAUGCGCAGAGUUGUCACCUCUUCUCUCCCCCCUUCUGUUUUGCCGGCUACCCCCUCCCCCCCCGCGGGCCCGGCUGGGGCUGAGUCUCGUGAGGAGGUGGAGGAACUAGGGCGGACUAUGGAGGCGCCCCGGGGUUGUCGACCUCACUCACUGGACGGGAGCAACCGCCGCCAGUACCACAGGUUGCGACGCGCGGGCCUCUGAGGGGGGAAGAGCUCGCAGCACGGAAGCUGUAUUUUCCCCCAGCUGAAGUUCCUUUACUUCCACCAUGGAGACAGAACAAGAAAACCUUUGUAUCAGUAAAGAUGAUGAGAGCUCUGAAUGUGCUUUUCAUUGCUCAGCAUGUCAUGAUGAUCAGGAUUGGAGCUGUGCUAACCCUAUCCGGGGUCGGGCUAAGACCCGCAGUUUGUCUGCUUCACCAGCCCUCGGAAGCACCAAAGAAUUCAGGAGGACACGCUCCUUGCAUGGACCAUGCCCAGUGACCACAUUUGGACCAAAGGCAUGUAUGCUGCAAAACCCUAAAACUAUAAUGCAUAUUCAGGACCCAGCAAGUCAGCGGUUGACAUGGAACAAACCUCCAAAGAGUGUCCUUGUUAUCAAAAAGAUUCACGAUGCUAGUCUGCUCCAGCCUUUUAAAGAACUCUGUGUAUAUCUUACUGAGGAGAACAACAUGAUAGUUUAUGUAGAAAAAAAAGUGCUAGAAGACCCAGCCAUAGUUAAUGAUGAUAAUUUUGGACCAGUGAAGAAGAAAUUUUGCACUUUCAGAGAAGAUUAUGAUGAUAUCUCCAAUCAGAUAGACUUUAUCAUAUGCCUGGGAGGAGAUGGUACCUUGCUUUAUGCUUCAUCACUUUUUCAGGGUAGUGUACCUCCAGUUAUGGCUUUUCAUCUGGGAUCUCUUGGAUUUCUCACCCCCUUUAACUUUGAGAACUUUCAGUCCCAAGUUACUCAAGUUAUAGAAGGCAAUGCAGCGCUUGUUCUCCGGAGCAGACUGAAAGUGAAAGUAGUAAAGGAACACAGAGAGAAGAAGACAUUGAUACAAAAUGGUAUUGAAGAAAAUGGAGUGAUCUCUACAAGUCUAGAGAUGGAAAUGGGCAAGCAAAUCAUGCAAUAUCAGGUCCUAAAUGAAGUUGUUGUGGAUCGAGGUCCUUCCUCCUACCUUUCCAAUGUGGAUGUUUUUCUAGAUGGACACCUCAUAACCACAGUGCAAGGUGACGGCGUGAUCGUUUCCACACCAACUGGUAGCACGGCUUACGCGGCUGCAGCGGGAGCAUCUAUGAUUCAUCCAAAUGUUCCUGCAAUAAUGAUAACCCCAAUCUGCCCUCACUCACUGUCCUUCAGACCCAUUGUUGUUCCUGCAGGAGUUGAGCUCAAGAUCAUGCUGUCCCCUGAUGCCAGGAACACUGCAUGGGUUUCAUUUGAUGGGAGGAAGAGACAGGAAGUCUGCCAUGGAGACAGUUUUGCCAGUGAAAGCCACCUUGAUGACAAAAAUCUGUGGACUGCUACACAGCUGAAUAGAGAGAGCUACAAUCAUGACUACAGAGAAGAAAGCCCUGGGAAAGAGGAAGGAUGCAAUGCACAUCACACCUGAGUGAGCCUCUCUACCCAGGACUGCCGUCUAGCCCUCCUCAACUGGAACAGUAGGUCUGACCAAGGAGAGGAGAAAGUGCUGAGUCAGAGAGGACCCACGCACCUGCCUGGAAUAACUGUCCCCACAGGAUUUACCAUGUUUGGACAGACCAGCCACAGGUCCAUCAAGCCCAGGAUCUUGCCUCCAGCAAGUGGUCAGUACCUGAAACUCUACAGCAAGGAUUCAAAAGCCAGGGGUGCCAAACUCUUCCUUGGGAUAUGCCUGAUUUGCUGUGGCCCCUACUGCUGGCCCUGUGUUCUCUCCCCUCUGCUGGGUGGUGCUAUGCUACGCUCCCUGCGCUGUCUCUGGCAGUAGCAAUGAACGAGGGCUGUAAAAAGAGGAUGGUGGAGACUGGGAAGCAUAACAGGAAGGACAGAACUGGAAACAGGGAGAACAGAGAGACUAGAAAAUGACAAGGAGGGGGGAGAAAAAGAGAUGGGGGUGGACAAUAGACUAAACCAUGGAACUAAAAAGAAAUAUUAGGAGAAGAAAAGGGAGAUGAGAUGAGAAAAUAAGAGCAGGAUAAACGCCAAAACCUGGUGAGAUGGGGGCAACUGUCAGUGCAGAAGUGGAGGCAGGGAGGUGUUUUGGAAGGGCUGGAGUGGAAUUGAGAUCCCCUAGGUUCUAAAGAAGACCAUGUUGUGUGGGACACUUCCAGGUUAUUAUUGUUAAAGCUUUUACACCUGUUGUAGAUUCAUGUGCCUCUGUGUUUCUGCCUCCACAACAACCUGAAAGCAGGUGCUUAUCUAUAACAUCUUGCAGGCUGAGGGUUCCAAGCAAAGGAGCUGAGACCCACUGCUACAAAGGGAGGCGAGAGAGCUCUACAUACUCUGCAGUGAGCUGAUGUGUGAAGCUCAUCCAUGUUCGCAUGGGGAGGAAGUCUCCUUCCUGACCCUGUCGCAAUAAACCUAUGCCCCAAAGCCAUAGAUAGAAUUACGCCCCUACUUUGGAAUGCAGAACUACAAGGAUCUGAUUGGGAAACAUUCUAGCCCUUCUGAAAUCCAGCUGCCCUGUCUGUGACCCCUGCAGCAGAGUGUGCCACAAGCUGGCAAGAUGUAGCACUGAGAUAUUGCCCUUUUAUUGCUUGAAAUAUACCAGGUGUUUAGUUACAUCAUGAAUACCGGCUCUCUUAUUCCUGAGCAGUGCAAGGCUGUGUCUAUACUGGGGGACAAUGGGGCUGGUGUUCAGCACUGUUACCCCUGCAGUGCAGUCCCACCAGAGGUAGCUGUAGUGUAGACAGAGCUCCGAGCAGGCUAAGAAGACAGAUGGUCCACUAGAGCAUUUGCUGUUACUAAUGUACAGAUACCCCACCUUGCACUGCCUCCGUGUAGGGCCUGUGAGAGAUUGUGUGUGUGUGUGAGGACAGAGCUUUCCAUCUAAUGCAUGUAUAAGGGAGUGACUACCUGAUGCUCGCACUCUCCUGGUGACUCAGAGAGGCCCAAGAGAUUUCUACAGGCCACUUGCUGAGGCCAGGUGGUUUCUGAGGAUUGGCUGACAGGUGGUGGAAAAACAAAUUGGUGGCUGUGCACUUCCAGUCACUGAAAGUAAUGCAAUUUUGUUGCCUCUCCCACUUCUCCAGCUGUCUGUCUACAGGCAUCUAAUGGGGGUCAGAGAUUUAACACUUUACAAAGGUAUGUGAGGAGCUGCUAGUGGGAGUGCAGACAGGAGUCUCACUACCUGACUUCCCGGCCUCAACACUUAAAGGUAGCUUGUACUAUUCUGUCCCAGCAAUAGGAGGAAGAGGCGACUACAACAUAUUACCUAGAAGGAAGUAGUAUUGUAAAAGUCUUCUGUUUCUGGCUAGUUCUGUGUAGCUGGGCAAACAAACAAACCAACUGCAGGCAUCUAAGAGCAUAUAUUUAAUAUCAACUAUAAAACUAUCUUUCAGCUAUUAAGAAUUUCCAUGAGUGUUGAAACAAACUGAAAACACUCAAUGCAUCUGAAUCACACUUAAUCCUUCCCUGCGGUAUCAGACAAAAGGAGGUUAACCUACUUUGCUUCUGAUCCUGCACUCCUUACUGAGCACCCAAAGAUUUCAAUGGAAGUUUUGCCUGAGUAAGAUCAAAUCCAAAAUUUUAAAUUCACAAACCCUUAUUUUCAAUCUUAAUAUAAUCAUUUAUGUUUAAACAGGGCCCUCUAAUGCUUUUUUCCUGUCUCCAUACUGGGAUCCGCCCCAACCCCCCGCCCCCGAGUAUCCCUCCUGUCCAGCCAGGACCCCACCUCUGAUUCAGCAGUACAGGAAGGGUAGAGUGGUAGUGACCUAAUCAUAUGUGUUUGCAACCCAGAUUGAGAACCCAUCCUCCAAGGAGUUCACAUCCCAUUACAAAGUUCAUGGAGUCACUCUGAGGUUCAC